CGAAAGACAAAGUAAAUAAAAAUAAAUGUCAAUAAAAAGGCUAGAAGUUAGUAGAACCUUGAAUUAUUACAGGUAAGAGGUUCAAACCAUUCUUAGACCUCGUGCUGGAGCUGUCAGCUGAGAAGGGUGUGUUCAACGACCGCGAGAUAAGGGAACAUGUGGACACCAUGAUCGUCGGCGGCCAUGACACCUCUGCUAAUGUUUUCCUGUUUGCGAUGAUACUUCUUGGAUCGCAUCCCGAGGCGCAGGAGAAGGCUUUCAAUGAGAUAAAAGAAGUUCUCGGUGAUGGGGACAGGGAUGUGGAGAAGACCGACCUGUCGAAGCUCGUCUACGUAGAGGCAGUGUUGAAGGAGACCAUGAGGAUGUUCACUAUAGGGCCAAUCUUAGCAAGGAAAGUCGAUAAAGAUGUGAAACUUAAGAACUGCACGCUCUCGGCAGGAAGCUCGUGCUACCUGUUCGUGUUCAACGUUCACAAGCACCCGAUGUGGGGCCCGGACGUGCACGAGUUCAAACCGGAGCGGUGGCUGGAGCCGGGCCGGCUGCCGGACAACCCUAAUGCCUUCGUUGCCUUCAGUGCUGGGAGACGAAGUUGCAUCGGGAAAACUUAUUCAUACAUGUCUAUGAAAACGACUCUCGCACAUGUAAUACGUAGCUACAGGAUCACUGGUGACCAUACAAAGCUGAAGCUUAAGAUGGAUCCGAUGCUGAAGCCGGAAUCAGGAUAUUAUAUCAGCAUUGAAAAGAGGACUUAAAAGAUCGAAGA